ACGUAGAGCAAAUAUUAACAUGAUAUAUGAGCAAAACUCGAUGUAAACACUUUUAAUUUUAAAGUAUAUACCGGAGCGAAUUGAAAGGAAUCGGAUUCACUGAAGACUUUGUUAUUGCGAUGUGUAGGCUAAGGGCGAUAUCAGGAAUUUAGUUUAUUUUGAUCAGUUUUAAAGCAAACUUACUCUACCUUACUCACUAUAUGAAAGAACAAGAAACAAUGUUGUUUAUUGAUAGAUUUUUGUGAAAAAGUGUUAUUCGAGGCAUUAUGAUAUUUUAAAUUGUUUUCUUUCAAAUUAAAAGAUUGUUACUAUUAUUUUUUUAUAUAGUGCUUAAUUGGCGGUUUGCUCACGUUAAAGCAUGCCUUGUUUAAAGAAGUUUACAUGCACUUCUAUGCAUUUUUCUGGAAUUCAUAGUGUUUUAUAAUUAAUCGUAUUGGAUGCAAUAAUGCGAAUCAAUGAGGAAUACAUCGGGUAUCGAAAACUCCCACCUAUUGUUGAGGAGACGAAUGACAUCUUCCGGUCAGCGAUGCUGGAGCAGAUGCAACCGGAUGUGGUGAACAUACGAGAGGACGCCACCGGGCACCUGCUGUGUUGGGGCAGCGGCGAAUUCGGACAACACGGGCACGGGUUCCGGAAGGAAGUGACGUUUUUCGAAGGCGCCGUCGAGCGGUUCUGUGGAAAUCCGGAAGUUCUAGUAAAACAUUUCGCGUGCGGGUCCAGCCACUCCGCGGUGGUCACGAAUGGGAACGAGAUAUAUCUUUGGGGUAACGGAAACAAUGGCCAAUUGGGAACCAACGAACUGACAGCGAAAUCGGAACCACAACUUGUCAGUCUCUAUGGCAACGACGGGUCACGUGGACCGGAAAUCGCAGGCGUGUCCUGUGGCGGAAGGCACAGUGUCGUCUGGUUGGAGAAUGGCGACGUGUUCACUUUUGGAAACAAUUUCAACGCUCAGCUUGGCUUCGAUUUCCGAGAAAAAAAUCACAAGGAAACACAGCCUGUGCCUACCCUGCUCAGGUCGCUCUCUCAGAAGCCCGUUGCUCAAGUGGCAUGUGGGGACAAACAUUCCAUCUUCCGCUUCAAGGACGGAUCACUUUCGUGCGUUGGGAACAAUGCCCAUGGACAGAUUGGCUCGGGAACCAGGCAAGACGCGUUGUCUCCUUUGUCACUUUCCGAUGUAAUUGCUAAACCAGUGAAAACAAUAGCGGCUGGGUCACAGCAUUCUCUUGCGGUUACAGAGGAGGGUCAGCUGUACGUGUGGGGUUACAGCAAGGCCUGCGGGAGUCGGGACGAGGACCUCCUGUCGCCAUGGAAACUCUCCACUCACCGGGAGAACAUCGUCGCCGUAGCCGGCGGAAGUAUGCACUCCAUGGCCCUCUCAGCUAACGGCAGCGUGUACACGUGGGGGUGUGGCACGGACGGACAGCUGGGUCAUGGGGACAAGGUCACUUUCUUGCCACACCCACGGAGGGUAAAGGACCGUCACGUGAUCAGCAGGUGUAUCCAGAUAGCGUGCGGCGAAACAUUCAGUGCAGCCACAACAGAAAAGGGCUUGCUGUACAUGUGGGGCAAAAACAGCCACACGAUAGUUCCGGACAAGCCCACCACCCAGAAAUUCUCCCUUCCCCACGGGGUCAACAAGAACUUUCGAGGGGGACGCAUAUCCCGGGUAACGUGCGGUUCCUGGCACGCCAUGGCGCUUAUCGGCAGACCGAAAUUAUUACGUCGAAAUGAGAACGAGGGGUCCGAUGAGUCCACUGAAGAAAUCCUUCCUACCCUAGAUCCAGCUGACGACGACGACGAGGCAGGCUCGGACUCGGAAGAGGAGAUGCCGACCCUGUCCCGCCGGGAACCCAGCCGCCUGGAGCGCGAGAAAACCACCGUUAGCCUUGCGGACUUCUAUGCACCCACGCCCGACCCCCCGAGAAACUUUAAAACGCCAAGCCCCGAGUUCUACUUUAACAACCAAGACGAAGAUGAUCUUGACCGCAUUAACAGUACUCGGUCCGCAGCUACUCUUAUAGUCCAGCUUCCUAGUCAGCCAAUGAUGUCAUACGCGGACGCUGCUACGUCACCGAUGACAUUGACGACAACGAGCACAAACACGAGCAGUGUUACAACCUCGUCGCGUAUCCCUAGUCCAAUUGCCGAAUUGCCACACCAAAAGAUAGAAAAACUUCACCGAAAACUCAGCCGCCCGGAGAAGAAAUUCAAAGAAUUUGAUACGCAGAAAUAUGAACGCGAAAAACUUCGGAGCGCGAGAUCACCUGUGUCGGAAGUAGUGCAGUUAAGCCGCUCAUCCGCAGACUCUUUCAUAUUGCCGCGAGAACCGACGGGAAUCUCUAGAAAGCAGGUCGACUUCUCGGAGAUGGAGGAAAUCCGAUUGAAAGGCCCAAAAUCCCCAGAGAAACUGUCCAGACUUAGUCGUCACAGUAGGCAAGGUCGGGAGUACAGUCCCAGGUCCCGAAUGGCCGACUCCACUAGUCCUCUGCGAUUUAAGGACGGUUUAAGAGAAAUUAACCAGUCAAGGUCACGGCACAGGUAUCUGGAUAGUCAGCUAUCCACAAAAAGUGACAGUGUUAUUUUUAUGGAGAGUCCGCUGUUCCGAGGUAGCAAAAGUAACGCUAUGGCUGAAUUAAACCUGAAAAACCCGUAUGACCCCUCUUUAAUGGGUCUACAUGAGGAAAGGCAGUACAAACAUCACGUACCAAAGAAUCACCCGCGGAGGUACAACAAGGGGAAUAAUGUUGCUGAGACGAAUUUCGGGCUUCAGAUCUCCAAGACACAAACAAUCGUAGCGCCUGUGCAUGGUGACGUCACCGAGCCGCUCGACCGCCUGACCCAAUUACGCCGAUACGCCGCCAUUCACAACCCACAAACCUCAAGCAGAACACCGCCGGAUAGGCUGCGGCCAAUAAAAAACCGUCAGGUCAGCAUCCCCGGGGGUCGGGCGGAAUCCCCGGGGGAUGACAAGGAGCAAUUGUUUAUCGGUGCUUCCGCUGGGAAGCCGUUAUUCAGUAGUGGUUCCGGCUGGAAGGACAAAAGUGACAUGGAGAAAAUGGUGCCGCGCAAAAUGGCGGCCGCUGGAAUUGUAAAGAUGUAUAUUUCCAAUAAUGAACUCAUCGGUACGGUUGAAAAUCCGCUGUACUCGAAUCUCAGUGAUGGCAGAGGUCACAGCGACUCUCUGUUAGACAGUGACAGUCUUAUGAUACAGCCCCUUAUGAAAAAGACAAUUGCGCCACCGGAAAAGCCCGUCCGUAGCAUUGGAAUCGAACUUCCUAGCAUUAAUUUUAGCCAGUCGUCUUCUAGUACUAGCAAUGUGCUGACGACACGAACAGUGCCCGAAUCUCGCCAUUUCGAUAGUGAGGAGCUCGAUUUUGCAUUGGGAAGUAGUACGUCACGUGGUAUUGGAAAGGAUCGCGUGAUUCCACCACGUGUCAGUUAGGGCUUGAAUCGAACUCGUCCAAUAAGUCCAAUCCCUCCCGGUCCGAACAGAGCCAUAAAUGCGAACCGACGGUCGCCGAGAAUGGAUGACCAGCUUGCAAAACUAACCCGCUUGUCAAGUGUUAAAACCAGCGGCCAUUUCUAACGCGCAUGCGCAUUUUGAAUGUUGAUUGUCAUGUCGUAUUUAAAUGACAUAGUAACGUUUUGUUUUGGUGCACAUAAUAUAACUAUAUGUUUUAACUUUUAGGGUGUGCUAGUGCUUGUUGGUGUGUUGAUAUGUGAUUGUAACAGAAAGCAAGUUCUAGAUUAACAUUUAUAUAACAGACUUGAUAUUUGAACAGCUCAUUCCAAAUACCAGUAUUCAUGAAAACAUACGAGUUAUAAAAAAACUCAGUUUAAUAUAAAUGGAUUUACAAACGUUGCACAUACAGCGUUAAGUAUAAAACAUAUUUUUGUUGUUUUUCAAGUGACUGCAUAUAACUUGUUCUACUUUUCUAUAAAAACGAGAGGACUGCGUAAAAAUAACACUUAAACAGUUUUCUUUUCGUUCUUAUCCUGGUUGCCUUAUCUGGUGUUUGUUAAUCAAUAAUAUUUGUAUGUGAUAUUGCAUAUGUUUGAACGCUUAUGUAUAACAAAAUAUAUUCGUAGUAUUGUGUCGCUACGAAACGUGGUGGAUCGUUCUAGACAAAACUUCCGAGUCACAUGAUACAAAACACAAUGAUAAAUACAAUAAUAAAAAUCAUAAACAUUAACAUAAUAAUAAUAAUAAUAAUAAUAAUAAUAAUAAUAAUAAUAAUAAUAAUAAUAAUAAUAAUAAUAAUGAUAAUAAUAAUAAUAAUAAUAAUAAUAAUUAUUAUUAUUAUUAUUAAUUGAGUCGAAAUACAUUUUCCAAUAAAUAGUCCUACCUUUUCAGCUUGCCAUAAUUUUGUCUAGAAAAUUCCCUCUGCAUAUAAUCAACCAUUCUCACUUACCUGUCAACACGUAUUUUUUCAAUAUGUUCUAAUUUGUUUUCAAAUAUUUUCAUUUUACUUUUCCGCCAACAUGUUUCAUAUUUAUUUGAAUGAGCUUAAAAUUUAACAUUAACAUGAUUAACUGUGGUCAACAGGUCAUUAGGUCAACAUUAUUAGGCAUAUUAUUUAUAUAAUUUAGUAAACUGCAGCGAUUGGUUGUAAUUAUAUCCUUUUUAUAAAAAUUCACAAUGGUCUCCCCUGCAUAAUUCUCAUGAACUAUCAGGGGAGGUUACCGCAGUGAAAUUAUGAACUAUGUUUAUUUAAAGAUGCAUCGCCUAUUUUAAGGCAUCGAUUAAUCGAUGUCGAUUAUCGAUACUAAACAUGCGUUUUAAACUAAAUUUUCAUUAAAAUCAGCAUUAUGUUCCAUGUGUGAUUAUAAAAUGCAAUAAGAGUAAUUAAAUAACAAAUAUUUGAAAACAAAUUUCACUCAAAACCGUUCGCGUUAUGUCUCUUUUAAGUCCAAACACCCUUUCCAAGCCUACGUGUACAGUUGUAGUGAUGUAAAAACAUCUAUAGUUCUGCAUAAUACUCAUGCCCAAUUCUUUUUAUAUCACGCAAUAAUUAAAACUAUGUUAAAACUGACGUUUUUGCUUUUGCAGUCGAGUAAUUGACUUUCAAUAAACCGCAUUUGUUUAUGCCACAAAUAGUUCUAUUGUUACCAAGUUGAAAUUCUGUGAUUGUAAUUGAGCAACAGUGUGAUGCAAUACACGGGAUAGUUAUGUACAAUUUAUGAGAAUGUGUGAUAUUUUUAUGAUCGAAAUGUGUGGUAUGAUAUGAGUCGUGUUCUGAGAAAACUGGGCAGUCCGCACAGGCUAAUCUGGGACGACUCUUUCCGCUUUUAUGAUAUUUUUCGUUUAAAUGAAGUAUCUUCUUAGACAAAAUCCAAUUUAGGCGGAUAGUGUCGUCCCUGAUUAACCUGUGCGGACUGCACAGGCUAAUUUGGGACGACACUUUACGCAUAUGCAUUAUUCCCAGUUUCCUCAGAACACGACUCAUAUGUUUUCAUACCUAUUAAACAAUCGACGUAUCCUCGAACGUGCAUGUGAACAAUUAUUCGUGAUGGUGUAAUACAAUGUUAUACAAUAUCUGCGAUAGUAUGAUACUGUAUGUGUAAAACCAAAAAAUAUGUUCAAACAUGUGAUGUGAUAUAGGCUUAUGUGUUAUACGUAUAAAGAAGUGCGAUAUAGGUUACAUAAUAUGCGCAAAUGUGAUACUAUAUGAACAGAAAGUUGUGUUCUGUUCUGUGUUCUGUGAUACUAUAUGAAUGUGUAUGCAUGUGUUCCUUAUGAGAUUGUAGUUUAUUUUGUAUUGUUGCAUAUAUAACCGAUUUCGUUAGUCUGGGAACCUACACAUUAAUGUCAAUAUAUACAAAUGAAAUGUUUAAUAAACGUUUAAGUUAU